AAAGCCUGACCAUCUGAUGAAUGAUCAGAUUGUUAAUUAUUUCGGCGGAUACUUGAUGUCACAACACCAACAUGUUUUUGCUGCAGACACAUUUUGGCUGUCUUACCUUAGCAAGCAAGAGYCAAGGAGGAUUAAAAACUUCAACUUUGACCAAUAUAAGAAGUUUAUUUUCCCAAUCCGCUGUCCAGGCCAUUGGUGGUGUGUAUCGAUUGACAUCUCAACCAAGACCUACUGGGUUGUGUUCAAUUUGUUAGAAACAAAGUUCAAGGAAGGCAAUAUUGACCUGGGUUCCUUUCAGAAGUUGAGCACAGAAGAAAGGAACACAAUGCCAUCUCAAGGGUCAAGUUCAACAGAUUGUGGAAUUUAUCUUCUCUGCUUCAUGACAUUAUUUGCRUCAGGUGUCCCAUUACAGUUCAAGAUACCUUCUAUCUCUAACAUAAGAAGAUCGUUUUGCCAGAUAAUCUUAAAUGGUAGAGACCCUUCAUGCACUAUGGAGGUGGACCUGCAUUUUGAAAGUUCAGUCAUUCCACCCAUCGGUUGUGACCAGCCUGAUAAGAGCAAUGCUAAUUCAUGUGAUGAGGAUGAUGAUAUCUUUAACUAUCAGAGCUUACCACCACUCUCUCCAGUAAAUCUAGAUUCAGAAAAUGUCAUUGCCACAGGUAUUAAUAAUGCCUAUUAUAAUUACAAUUGAAAUAUAUAGGAGCUUCUCAU